AUGAAUCAGUUUGAGGUUUUUGUGGCGAGCUCGGAAAGUGCCAGAUCGGAUGCCUGGCGGUACCUUAGGCGCCUCAGAGAGCUGGACAACAGGAUUGAGGAGGAUAUGCACCGUCUUCGCGAAAUAGCAGAGACUGUGGCGACAUCCUCCGUGAGGAGUACAACUGAACAACCACUGCGUGAGAAUGGUUCCCCGUGCAGAGGUGGGAAACGUAAGCGCGCAUUUUCAGGACGCGCGGAGUCUGUGGCUCCUGCUAGAGACGAUGACGAGUCUUGUGACGGUGCCUCUUCAGACACCUCUCUUGUGACUUUGGAGCCUACUAACGCUCAGCUGUUUGUGGAGUAUCGCACGCGCCGCCACCGCGUGUUACGGUACGCGUUGGAACGGGUGAAAGUGGCGGAAGAAAUAAAGGCAUGUGGGAAUGAUGUGAAGGAGUCGCUCGCCGUUCACAUGACCCAAUUGCAGCGGACGCUGCGUGGGACAUAG